AUGUCAAAUACAACAACACAUUUGACUCCACAUGGUUUUAUUUCAUUAGCUACUGCAAAUCAAUACCCCAUUUUUAAUUAUCCCAUCACAAUAAAUUCAAAUGCAACUCGUCAGUCUAUUUUUUCUGUUACUCCUCCAACUUCUUCAAUAUCUAGGGUGGCUAUUCCAGGAAGUUUAAUUGAUAAUAAUAAACAUACUACUAAAAAAGAAUCUGCUAAAUCUUCAUCUAGUAAUGAUGUCCCUAAGAAUUGUUUAAGGCAGAAUAUGUAG